AUGCCGGAAUACGUUAUAAACGGGGUUCCCGUUAGCUUUCCGUUUGAACCUUACGAAGUUCAGACGAAUUACAUGGCGAAGGUAAUCGAAUCCUUGCAGAAGGGAACCAACUGCGUGCUGGAAUCACCCACAGGCACGGGAAAAACGCUCAGCUUGCUUUGUUCUUCCCUUGGUUGGUUGCUGCACACGAGAUCAAAGGUAACGUACACCGAUGGGAAAAUCAUGAAAAUUCAAAUGGAGCUAAGCAACUAUAAGCUAGCUGAUCGCAUAACGGCCGAAAUAGCAGGAAAGCUAGAAGAAAAACGAACCGGUGUACAGAAUAUUAUUUACGCCUCGCGAACACACUCGCAACUAUCCCAGGCAAUGCAAGAGCUUAAAAACACGCACUACAAUUUCGUGCGUUCCAUCAUUUUAGGAUCGCGGGAUCAGCUUUGCAUCCAUCCGGAUGUGUCGAAAGUCGAUAGCAAUGCUAUGAAAACGAACCUUUGCCGGGAGAAGGUAAAAUCCCGAAACUGCAGUUUCUACACGCGUGUGGAGAACGUGAAAGAUCGCUCGGAGAUUGCCCAAAAGCCCGUCCUGGACAUUGAAGACUUAAUUACCGUCGGUACCAAGCUAAAGGCUUGCCCGUACUACUUGUCUAAAACGCUCGUUGAAAGGGCGGACGUUCUCUUCAUGCCGUACAAUUAUCUGCUGGACGCGAAGGCGCACAAAUCGAACGGGCUGCUUUUGACGAACAGCAUCGUUAUCCUGGACGAGGCGCAUAAUGUGGAAAAAAUGUGCGAAGAGUCGGGCUCGGCGGAUCUCAGGUCGUCCGAUAUCGCGCUGGCGAUCGAGGACGUCACGUCCGUUAUCAAGAAGCUGCAGGAAAACGAAGGCAUCGCUAGCUUCGACGAGGAUGAGAAGAUGGAGUUCACCGUGGAUGAUUUGGUUUUGUUGAAGGAAAUUCUGUUGAAUCUGGAAAAGGCGGUUGACGAAAUUCCGAGCACGUUUUCGCAAGGAGGCCAAUCUUUUCCUGGGACGUACAUAUUUGACCUGUUUAAGAAGGCCAACAUCACAACGACAAACAUAAUGGCUCUCCUAAAGGUGCUGAACAGCGUCACAGAAUACAUAACCACAAUGAGGGAGAAAAAUCACUACUUUCGCAAUGGCGUUGGUUUGCAGUGUAUGGCCGACUUCCUAGAAAUCGUGUUUUGUGAUAGCGGCCCGGAAUACCAUCAAUCAAUUGAAAAAUGUUUUAAAACGUACAUCGAAGCGGAGGAGGUGAAACCGACCAAGGGGAGCCAGAAGCGAACGGACGGUUGGAUUGAUCCGAAGAAAACCACCACCGCAAAGGUGAACGCAAACGCAAAAGUGAUCCAUUUCUGGUGCUUUAAUCCCGGAUUCGGAAUGCGCCGGCUGUUGGGUCGUGGCAUUCGUAGCAUUAUUCUUACAAGUGGCACAUUGGCCCCAUUAAAACCGCUGAUCAGCGAGCUUGGCAUUCCGAUCGAUGUGUGUCUUGAAAACCCGCACAUUAUAAGUCAGAACCAGGUGUACGUGAAGGUGGUUUCGCACGGACCGGAUAAAUUUGAGCUGAACUCGAGCUACAGCACCCGUAAUAAUCCGCAGUACAUCGCGUCGCUUGGCCGCACGGUGUUAUCCUUGAGCCCGAUCAUACCAGGUGGAAUGUUGGUGUUCUUUCCCUCGUACCAUGUGAUGAACAAAUGCGUUGAGGAUUGGCAGACUGGUGGGAUUUGGGCGCAGAUAAACCGCGUCAAACCCGUCUUCACCGAACCACGCACGAAGGCGUCAUUUUCGUCGACGAUGAACGAUUAUUACGCGCGAUUGAACGAUCCCGGAAGCAAGGGUGCCAUUUUUAUGGCCGUAUGCCGUGGGAAGGUAUCGGAAGGGUUGGACUUUGCUGAUGCCAACGGGCGAGCGGUCCUGAUCACGGGGUUGCCCUUUCCACCGUUGCUUGAUGCUCGCGUGAAGCUGAAGAAGCAAUACCUCGAUAGUAACCGGACGCGUGAGAACGAGCUGAUUACGGGUGAUUAUUGGUACUCGCUGGAGGCGUCCCGAGCAGUCAACCAGGCAAUCGGGCGUGUUAUCCGCCACAAGGACGAUUACGGGGCGAUCUUGCUGUGCGAUUCGCGCUUCCAAAAUCCACGCCAGAAGUCGCAGCUGUCCACGUGGAUCCAAAGCCACGUGCAGGACACACGCAGCAGUUUUAGCUUCGGUACGGUAGCGUUCGGGUUGGGGCAGUUUUUCCGCAACCUAGAAAAAUCACCGCUUGUGGCCAAACCGCGCGAGGUUUGCGUCAAACCGGAACCGCUCGAUGCUGAGGCGGCUGAAGAACGGGUGGUGAAAUACGCAUCCCACUUAGCGAUAACCUCCAACGGUGAAGGUAUCAAGAAGGAAAUUAUGUCACAGACCCCGUUUGCGUUGAGUGACUACCUGCAGAAACCGGCCGGAACCGAUUCCGUGGUAAACACCAAUGGCGAAAGUGGGUCCUUUCUUGCACAACUCAGCUGUGGAACGUCCACGCUCAACAUUGGCGACGCGAUGGCAUAUAGCAGUAGUUCCGCACCCAUACCCGGGCUAGUGACGCUACACAAACGUGAGCGAAACGCAAGCACCGACGGGGUUAGCGUUAAAGAGAUUAAAAAGCGAAAGUUAGUGCUCGUUCCGGCGGAUCCUGUGAAGUAUGAGCAUCCUUCCGGGGCACCGAAUAGGACACACGCCUUUGUGAAAGCAGAACCAAGCGACGGUGAUAAGUUGGACACUAGUGAUAAUUUUAGCAAAGCUGAGCUCCCGAAAGCACCGGAAAAUCGGGUGCAUUUUCUAAUGGCGGUCAAAUCUGCGCUCGAUAAAAACAAGUACAAGGAAUUCCUGCUGGCGAUGAACCAGUACAGCAAAGUGGGUGAUUUUCAAUCAUUUAUGGAGAAAAUUACGUUCUGCUUCAGCGACGCGCAUUUACUUCAUUUGCUUCAAGCUAUACGACGGUUCGUCAAAAAUGAGCAUAAACAUCUGUUCGAUGAGCAAAUGAACAAAAAGGGUCUGUGAUCAACCAUCUCGUGUGUUGUACUUAGGUUAUGCGAUGCCGAGGAUUUAUUUACUGGUAUGUCUGCGUUCUACGAGUACGAUCACGCAAACGAUUCUAUUAAUUCCAUAACAUUGUUGCUUUUCUAACAUACCAUAAGUGCUUAUUCCG